GGCGAGCUAUGUGUCAAGCAUGCGCGAAUUGAACCUCCAACAGGGCCCAGCCAGCCCAUACGCAACGGUUGCAUUUCCGCGACCAAUGCUCAAGAAAACGCCUCUACUAUUGCUUUGCUAUAGAAAGCCAACGCGCUUGUAAACCCGGCAAAGGCAUAGGAUCGAUCAGCGCGCUUGUACACACAUAUAUCCUACGCAGCCAUGGCAGAGAUGGAAUUUCGAAGCCCAACGAACCAGAUCCCGCCACCGGGGAGCGCGGGGGACACACCCAUCACUGACGCUUUAGAGGAAACGCUCGGCCGGUUGAGCAAGAAGGCCGGCGUCAAAGCUACAAUCGUGCUCGAUCGUUCGACAGGAGCCAUACUCAAAAUCAGCGGCGACUUUACACAGAUACGGCCUUCCAAAGCAGCGGGCGAAAACGUGGGGACGUCGCAAACCGACUCUUUCCCAAAGGAAGUCACAUCAGCUACAGCAAACAGCGAAGCGAGUGAUGGUGCGGAGCAGCUUGCGGCCAUGGUAUGGGCGUUCAUCGGCGCGGCAGGCACUUUGGUAGAAGAUCUUGAUACUGAGGAUGAGCUUAGGCUUUUACGGCUACGGACGAAGAAACAAGAGCUAGUCAUCGUUCCCGACCCGAAAUACCUCUUGAUCGUGAUCCACGAGACACUCACGCCUGCGUCAUGAAAUGAACCCCUCUCGGACGUUUUAUAGGAGAUGAAAAAAAAAAAACUUAUUAUUAGCAGGGGAAAACUCCGUUCCUGGUUAACAGGGAAUGGGAGGAUGAACGCUCGGGUGACCAAGACGCGUGCAUGGAUGAGUGCAAUCAAGCGCGUACGUUUCCCGAAUUUAAACAAAAGGUGUAACCUGUCCCUGCAAUAUAAAGUAUUGCACUUAAUUGGGAUCUUAUUUGCAGCUGCUUGUUGGCGGCGUAGGCCAACAAGUGAAAGCCCCAAAGAGAUACCGCAAGAUAAAAGGCUCGAUAGCCUGCCCACAGCUUCAAGCCUGGGGCUGAUGAACAUGGUGUCUGGAGACCUAAGUCUACUUUAAUAACCGACAUUUAAUUCACCAUACUUAUUUAUGACUUUUGCGUAAUGAGUAUGUGCAUUGACUCU